AUUAUGGCAGAUUAUUCGAUUGGGGAAAAGAUAUUGGAAGAGCGGUUAUAUGAAAACGAAACCAAUCGUCCUCCUGAACCAGAUCAUGUCGUAAAUUUGAAACAUGGUGUCGUUCGCGAGGCUUAUGAAUUGUUCCUUACUCACUUCGGUGCUAGUCCUGUAAAUGAAUUGAAAGCUGCAGCUGCUCCUGGACGGGUGAACCUUAUUGGAGAACACAUUGACUACUGUGAUGGAUUCGUUCUUCCCAUGGCAAUUCCUCUCUACACUGUCGUGCUUGGUCGAAAAGCUUAUGAUCAGGAACGUGGCUCCACCGAUGUGUUCUCAUCCCAUUUCCCCGAUCCUAUUGUGAUUCGUCGACCGUAUGAUAAAAUUGUCCUUGAGGACGUAACAUGGGGAAGAUACAUUCAAGGAGUUCUUGCAUUAACCGGAUGCAAUUUAUGCUUUGAUGUUGUCGUGCAUUCCAGUAUCCCCUUAGGAAGUGGUCUCAGUAGUUCUGCCGCUCUCGAGUUAGCAUUAUAUCACUUCGUCUCACAAUUUUUUCCUGGUGAGAUUUUUCCUAGUACGUUCUUUGUGAUCAUUUUCGCAGCGCAUAGACUCACUUUAGAGCCUUUACCUAGAGGGGUGAGGAGUGCAGAGUUGUGUCGUCGGGUUGAGCACGAGUAUGCGGGAGUGCCUUGCGGUAUCAUGGACCAAUUCGUUAUUGCCUUGGCCGAGCAUGGCCAUGCUCUGCGUAUAGAUUGCAGAUCCCUCUCAUAUGAUUUGAUUCCUAUGAGCAUAUCUCAUGACGCUAUCUUUCUAAUAAUCAACAGUGGGGUACGGCAUAAGCACGCAGGUGGUGAAUACGCAAAACGAAGAAAAACCGUUGAAGAAGCACUACGAGUGUAUGUUGACGAAAUUGAACGAACGGUGAAGGCCAGCGAGGCUCUCCUAGAUAAUGAUAUUACCCAUUUUGGAAGAUAUAUGUGUGAGGGUCACAAUUCUCUCAAGGACAAAUAUCGUGUGUCGUGCCCAGAAAUUGACGAGUUAGUAUCUCUCACGAUGUCAUGCGACGGGGUUUUCGGCUCACGGAUGACUGGUGGUGGGUUUGGUGGCUGCACAGUGUCGCUUGUCAGGAAGGAGAAUCUCGAAGAUGUGAAGAACUUUAUAAGGGAGAACUACAAGGGUGGUACUCCGCUUUUCUUCGAAAGUGAGCCAGUAUCACACGCAAGUGCAGUGCAGUUAGAGUUUCUUGGCAUGUGA